AGUCGCUUCGAACCAAACAGCGUGCUUCACAUUCAACAGUCUAUUCAGUAAUCGCCCAACGCAAAGGAGCGCUCAUUAUAAAACAGUUUGAGAGAGAGACAGAGAGAGAAGUUGAAUUAACAACACUUUCGUUUGUUUCUCGCAGGAUUUAAGGAUAUUUACACCGACUUCUAGUCUUUUUAACAACGUUUUGCAAUAUAUAUAUUUUUUCCUCAGUCAAAAAGCCAAUUUUGAUUUAUAUUCUCUAUAUGGGACCGUUACAUAAAGUGAUUGAAAACGUUUGGACUCGUCAUCUCUGAACAAUCUCAAGAAACUGCUGAGUGCACGAAAACAUGCCGUCGCUUCUAGAUUGAACAGGUUACCUCGGAUAUCCGUUAAGUAUUUACAACUAUUUGUGACUGGGCAGCGGACAGGCAGACUUUACCUCAGAUGCACCUCACAUACAUAACAGACCCCGUUUAGAGCGCAGAGGAGAGCGAGGAACAAAAACAUACCGGCUCAAACCAAACAAACCGUUUGUAGUUUGACAGUUAGAGGCGGUUAUGCCAGCCGCUGACUUCGACAUGGUGGUUGACAGUCCUCGGUUACACGGGGGUAAAGCCCCCGCCUCUACCCCCAACAACGAGAACGUUGUCCCGGCUUCCCUAAGCAGUCCUGCCGUGGAUAUCCUGCGGAACUUCUACCAUACCAAGCGUGUGGGAAACUACUUGAUCGGGAGGAAACUUGGAGAGGGCUCCUUCGCUAAAGUCCGAGAGGGACUUCAUGCCAUGACCGGAGAGAAGGUUGCAGUAAAGGUGAUAGAUAAGAGGAAGGCGAAGAAGGACUCGUAUGUGACUAAGAACCUCCGUAGAGAGGGUCAUAUCCAACAGAUGAUCAGACACCCCAACAUCACCCAGCUGCUGGACAUACUGGAGACUGAGAACAGUUACUACCUGGUGAUGGAGUUGUGUCCUGGAGGAAACAUCAUGAACCGGAUCUACGAUAAGAAGAAGCUGGACGAGAGAGAGACUCAGAAAUACGUUCGGCAGCUGGUGAUGGCUGUGGAACAUCUGCACAGAGCUGGAGUGGUGCACAGGGAUCUGAAGAUUGAGAACCUACUAUUGGAUGAACAGGACAGCAUCAACAGAGUUGUAGAUUUUGGUCUCAGUAACUGUGCAGGUAUCCUGGGUUACUCAGAUCCAUUCAGUACGCAGUGUGGGAGUCCAGCCUACGCUGCUCCAGAACUACUGUCCCGCAAGAAGUACGGCCCCAAGGUGGAUGUCUGGUCCAUAGGAGUGAACAUGUACGCCAUGCUGACCGGCAGCCUUCCCUUCACCGUGGAGCCCUUCAGUCUCAGAGCUCUGCACCAGAAGAUGGUGGACAAGGAUAUGAACCCUCUACCGCCCUCUCUCUCUACAGCGGCCAUCUGUCUGUUGAAGAAGCUGUUAGAACCAGAUCCAGCUAAGAGACCCAACAUCCACCAGGUCAUGGUUGACUCCUGGCUACAACUGGCUAACGCUAACACUGGAGCACCCUACCUCAACAGGAUCCACAUUGAGGAGAUCAACCACAUGGUAUUACUGCAUAUGACAGAGAGGAUGGGCUACAAACACAGCGAGGUGCUGAGUGCCGUGCUCACCAACAGAGCCUGUCACACCCUGGCUGUCUACUUCCUGCUCAACAACAAGAUGAAGAGGCUCUCCAAGGAGUACAGGGAGAAGGUGUACCAGGAGAAGGAGAAGAAGACAGAGAAGAAUGAAUACUUCCAGACCCAGUGGAGGAAACACGUAGAGAAGGUCACCAUCCCUCCUAAACAGACUCCCGUCUACCUGGCCGUCAGCAAGGGCCCGAGCAAGGAGAAGAAGCACAGGAAUGGUCUUCUGCGAGCGGUGACAGGUAACUUCCACCGUGCUUCUCCUCUCGCCCCGUCCGGCACCGUCGCCUCGUCCUCCAUGGAAUACCUAGAGAUCCACCCCCUCUUCCCCCGCACGCCACAGCCAAUCAGGCGCCUCGAAACUCUCCAGGUGGCCAAUACUAGCCCAGACCACAUCCCUGCCCCCCCGGCUCCCUCUCCAAUCGGUAUGCACUCCUACGACUCCCUCUCCAAAGCCGAGCCAAUCGACGACGUUGUGGUUCCUGCCUCGGCCACUCCCUGGUACAAACUGACCAAUGGGACCUUCUCCCCUCCGCGACAUGUCUCCGCCUUUCACCCUGACUCCUCCUACUUAAAAAAGGCGACCAUCCCCAGCCCCCCCGUCCUCAUCGUCAACCCCCAGCCUAAAAAGUCCUCCUCUAACUCGGGUGACUGGUGCGGGUCAGACACCAGCUGUAGCCCCCCCAGCUCCUUCGGCAGCCCCCCAGGAGGCUCAGCCUUCUCCCCGCCCAAAUCAGCCUUCUCCCCCCUCAACCCGUCAUCUGCCUUUAGUCCUCCGUCCGCCGGGGGCAGCGUUGAGCCAGACAGCCCCUAUCACCGCGGCAGUAAGUUCCCCUCUAUGGGCAUCGGUCAGAUCCUGAAGAAGAAGGUUCCCUUCCAGCCGUUCAGUUUCAGGGCGGAGCAAGCGGUGGAGGAGGAUCUGGUGUCUCCGCCCCCUUACCACAUGCAGACGCUGCUCUGCGCCUCCGGGGCGCUCAAGACCCUCUGCUGAAGCAUUCUGGGUAACGGAACAAUGGCGAUGAUCAAUGACCAUGUGGAGGAUUAUGGCUCUGGUCCAAAGUUAGUGCCCAAUGAAACGAGGAGGUAAGAUGUUGUCGUUUCAGACAGUUUUUUUAGUCUCGAUCAUACUUCCUGCCUCCAGUUUUGGGGCAGGAAGUGGGCGUGGUUCUUCCUGAGCGGCCUUGGAACUUUUGUGAACUUUGACCCUGUGAACUGUCCUCUGCUGAGGCAGUCACCAUGACGACACAAUGACUCUAGAUACACAGAGACACUCUGGCUGUUGGAGUGGAAGACUGUAAAAUAAAACACAGAAGACUAAAGGUGGUUUGAAAAUGAAAUGAAAAUGACUGUUUGUACUGUCAACGAUUGUUUCUGCUGGUGAAAGGCCUUUGUGAAGACAAGCUGUGACUCCAGUGACUGGAACAUGUGAAGUAAAGCUCGACAGUGUCAGAGUUUUACCUGUCGUUGUUACAUAAUUGUUUUGUGAGAGAGGGCUGAGUGGCACACACACACACACACACACACACACACACACACACACACACACACACACACACACACACACACACACACACACACACACACACACACACACACACACACACACACACACACACACACACACACACACACACACACACACACACACACACAUUCAGGGAAAUUAAGGUGAGGUUUUUACAGUGGAAAUGGCUGUAUUAUCUAACUAUUGUAAACCAAAC